GAACACGCCAUGCUAUAUAUACAGUAACGUUAUGCCCGCGCUCCAUCACCACUGCUCGUGCCGUCGAAUAUUAUUGUAGCGUUCGGUGUGUGCACGUGAAACACAAAAAAAAAAAAAAAACGUUGACGGUAUUCCUCACACAUGUCACGGCACCGACACCGGUUUGGAACACGGCCACGGACAAAACAAAUACUCGGCGGAAACAUGAGCGCGUCCCCCACUCGGCAGGCACCGCAUCGACCUGCUGAUCAAACAGCAACCGCAGACCAGACGAUAGUACAAUUAUUAUAAUACACAUGUGCGCUACAUGCGUUUUCCACCGACGAUCGUUUUAAAACUCCCGUUUUAUUUAUUUAGUUUUUUCAUUUUUUAUCGCCGAUGAUAAUUUAAAUGGAAAAAAUAAAAAUAAAUAAAUUUAUAUUGAACGGGCCCCAAGCCCGUUAUUACAGGACGCGUAAUAAAUAGCUAGCGAAAUAAAUGCGCGCCGUUCGAGGUAUGUAACUAAUCGUACACGUUGGCACCGAAACGCACGAACCAACUUUCAGGCACGGCGUAAUUGUCGUCGCAGUCUGAUCCCCAUCCCAAUGGGCCGUUGCUCUACCGCCGUUGUUCUCCCGUCCGUGUUCGUCGUAUGCAUUCUCACAGCUCUGAUCCGUGAUGUCGAGUCGACCACCGUCAAUAAAAAUGUCAAUGAAACCGAAAUGUUCUAUUACGAAAUACGACCGGAGCAAUUCAACUGGACGAACGAUGUCGAGACCAAUUUCGUUUACACGCCGUCCUUACAGAAUUACCCCGAUUUACUGCAUUGGAUCCAUUACAAAUUCAAUACUAAAAAUAGACAUGGAUAUUUGUAUGGAACUCCGCCUGCAGACUCGUCAGAACGGCUGAUUCAAUUGGAUAUCAUUGGAUUGAACAAAAAAACAUACCAAACUGCCAGACAAGUUAUCCAACUUAACAUUUUAGAAAAAAACUGGUAUGCAACAAAUGAAAUUCGAUUUAAAAUUAAUAAUUUGAAUGUGGAAGAUAUGUUUCAAGAAGAACACAUACCAAAUUUAUUAAAUAUAUUCAGACAAUAUUUGUGGGUGGAUAGUAAACAAAAUUUGUACGUUACAUUUCUAGCAUCUGCUAGCGACUUAGGACAACGAUUACCUCUAGAUCCAAACGAUACAGAAGGUGUUGUUGUCAAUUUAGGAAGUCAUUCCAAUUUUUCAACCAUAUUAUAUGAUUUGGAAAAAGAAAUUAGUCCAUUACAAAAAAUGAAUAAAUGUCCUAAAGAUUUUAAAAGAACAAGUGUUGAAAGAUUUUUCCGUGCUAAUGGCUUUAAUUUGGAUUGGUGCAGCUUCAAACUAGUGCAGUUAAAAAUCUUAAACAAGAACCAUACUAAGAAUGAAAAAAAUGAAACAUCAAGCACAAAUCAUGAAAAUAAAUGGGAAUUAAUGGAAUCUCUGCAAUACAACAGUCAGUCCAAAUAUGCAGCUACUAAUACAUUUAAUGUUGCUAUAAUUAUUAUUAUAGUUUUUGUUAUUGGGAUUGUCCUAAGCAUAAUGGUUUUUAGAUUUUAUACACAAACUAUUUUUUUUUUAUGAAAAUAUAAAAUAAAAAUUCAAGUCAUUAAAA